UUGAAACAUGCUGUAGUCGAGCUAACAACGAAACAUAUGUGUAGUAAGUUCACCCUAGAAAUAAAAAAUGACAAACAUUUUCAUUCUCAUUGUUGUCGUUUUUACAUCAUUAGUUUUGUCUGACCUUGUAGCUAGUAACACCAGACCUGUAAACAAUGGUUGCACCUCUCCCGUUGUGGCUUUGCAUUGUACGAUAAAGAAAACCGAGGCGUUAGUGCAGCUUUUAAAGGAGCUAUUCGCUAGAACCUCAGAACUAAUGUUUCAAGAAACCCAAGGACGAGGGUUUUUCCAAACCGUUAUCAUUGUGAUUCCUCCAACAAACCAGAAUAGGACUGAAAGGGAAAACAUAACGAUAGAACACAGGUACUCGACAGCUGACGUCAGGAUUGGACCACCAGGUGGCGGUUAUGAUAGUAGUCCACACACUGUUGGUGCAGCAGAAUGUGGACAGAGAGGACUGUACAUCCAACUUUCUCCAGAGUUUCUACUUAAUAGAAAUAUAGAGAAGACAGCACGUGCUCUUCUACGUCAGUGGAAUAUCUAUCGUCAGGGUUUGUGCAAGGAGUCUGAUGAAAACGGUAUCACCAUUUCGGGACUGAACCGUUUCCGAAGUGCUGUAUUGACUCAAGAGAAAGACGCAAAUUUGGAAUAUAAUAAAUCAAAUGAAGAACCAGAGAUCAGGUAAGAAGCAAAAGAAAUAAUUCAUCAUGUUUGGAUUAACUCUUACAUAGAUAAUCAGUUGAUAAACACCAGUAACAAUUCUACAUAACACUGUAUUACUUUAUGUUAUAAUGUAGUUGAUUAAUAGUUAUUAUUCUAUCUAAUCCUUAUACGUUGGUUUCUAAUAGAACUGGCUAAUAAACAAACAACUAUAGGCUAGUUAUGUGGACAAAAAAUGAUCUGUAGCUCCAACCCACCAGUAACCACCCCACUCGUUCGUUUUCAGGUUUACUAUAAACUAAUGUUACGACAGAGGAAGUCACGUGAAUCUGCUGACGCGUUGGCGCUGGCAGUGUGCGUGAUGAGUUUCUUGAAUGAUCGGGGAAGUGCGACUGUGUUCGAGUUGCCCUCUUCGUUAGUAUAUAAGCCUGGCAGAGAAAACCAGUAGGAUGAA